UUACAGUGGUCUUCAGCACUGAGGCAUAACAUCAUUCAGUGGGCUAUUAACUUCUCGAAGACUGCAGAUGCCUAAAAUACUUCUCUUGUAGGUAUUAGUCGUGCUAAAGGAAGUGUAAGCCUCUCAGCAAUCUUACACAGGCCCCCUAGAAAGAGAGAGAGACCACAGGUGAAGAUAAUUUCUUCAGCACCAAAAGGGUUUGCCUGCUUUACUCCACACCCUGCCCCAGGGCAAGGGAGCUCCCACGUUGUGAAGAAACUCGGUUUGCUGUUACAGUCUUAACAAGAGGAUUUUGCUGUUACAACCUUUGUCAGAGGUAUCUAGGUGUAGGGGCUCUGGGCUAACAGGAACCAUUUCACAAGGCCAACUUCUUGUUUUGCUCCAGUAGCCUUCCUCCCCUUCCUGAGCACAGCAACAAAGCUCCUCGGUGUGAGCCACCUCUAAGAAUGGCUUUGCUGUGGGCAGCAGCCAGGUGAGCUAUGUUUCCUCCACAUCUUUUGGAUAAGGCUGCUCACCUGGGUUAGGGCCACACCAAACGGCCACCUGGCAGUUGCCUGUUUGAGGGCAAGAUCUGCUGUGUCCUGCUUCUUCAGGAGGGAGAUGGGAGCUGGUGAGAGGAAAGCUGCAGAGGACUUCACUGAGCAGCAUGCAGCGGUGUGAAACCUUGGAGGAAAGGUCUUAAAGCACUUCUGAAAUGUGAGAGUUUAAAAGAUAUGUGUGAAACCAGUAUGGAAAAUGUGACAUAAUCAUCAUAGCCAGAAAUUCAGUUAUGGAGCCUAAGGACAAGCUGCCUUGAUGGAACUAGUCCAGUGAACAACUUGCUGAGUAUUGCUGAGGACCUAAAGAGGUGUGCCCACCACAGUGGGAAGGCACCUGUGUGCAAAGCAGGGCACGAUGGCCGGUGUAAAUACCUUUACCAGUGUACAUCAGAGUAUCAUCAGGAUCAGGAGAAUGGAGCCAGACUCUACUCAGCGGUGUCUAUCGACGGGACAAGUAGCAACGGACAGAAACUGGAACACAGGAGCUUCUGCCUAAACAAGACAAAAACGUCCACAGCACUGGAACAGGCUAACCAGGGGUUGUGGAAUCUUUGUCUCUGGUGGUAUUCCAAACCCACCUGGAGCUGUUCCUCUGUGAUUUAUUCCAGGUGAGCUUGCUCUAGCAGGGUACUUAGACAAGAAGACCUUCAGGGGUGCCUUCCAACUCUCAGCAUUGUGUGACUGACGAGGGCCACUGUCCUGGGAGGGCUCUGCUACGGGAAUGGACCCCGCACAGCAGCUCUGCCCUAGUGGGGAGUGGGGCCCGUGGCGUGCCACACAGCCCCGGCUCCUCGGGGCUCAGGGGGCGGGCAAGCUUGGCUCAGCGCGGACACGCCCGGCCGCCGGUUGCCCGGGCGGUGGCAGUGGCCGGGCGGCAGAGCCGUGGCCGGGCGCGGAGGCGGCGGCGGGCGUAGGGCUGGGCGCCCCGCCGGGAGAUGCGGCUGCGGGCCGGGCAGCUGCUGAUGGCACUGUGCCUCGGUGCCGUCUGCCCCCUGCUGUGGUACGCGGCGUGGUCCGGGACACAGGGAAAUGACUUUGACAUGUACCAAAACCACUUUCUGGAACUUCAGCAAAGACUCUUGUAUGCUGAAAAGGAAUAUAAAAAAAGAUCACAUGAGCUGAGUGGUGCCCUAGAUGAAAUUAAAUGGAUGCUUGAAAAAAGAACACCCUUGACAGUAAAUCAUGCAGAUGAUGUGAAGUGGAAAGAGUUAAACCUCACUAGGAAACUGCCUGUGCAUCUUACAAAUAUGUACUACUAUCUACCUCACCUUCAAGAGCAUGAAGAUGGCAUUUCCCCAAAUGUUAUUUUGGGGCAACAGAGAACUGGAGUCUCACUGGUGAUGGGUAUUCCUACUGUGAAAAGGCAGAAGGAGCAUUACCUGAUCAAGACCCUGCACUCCCUUCUGUACGAUCUCUCUGAGAAGCAACAGAGUGACUGCUUGAUAAUCAUCCUUGUAGCAGAGGUGGAUGCAGAAUAUGUUAAGAGUGUUGCAGAAAGUGUUAAAAGCAGCUUCCCCAGAGAAGUCCAGUCUGGGAUCCUAGAGGUUAUAUCUCCUCCUGCUUCUUAUUAUCCAGACCUUUCCAACCUGAAGAAGACAUUUGGGGAUUCAGAGGACAGAGUAAGGUGGAGAACUAAACAGAAUUUGGAUUAUAGCUUUCUGAUGCUGUAUGCCCAACCUAAGGGAACAUUUUAUUUACAGCUGGAAGAUGAUAUUAUAGCCAAGCCUGGUUAUAUUGAAAGCAUAAAAACCUUUGCUUUUGAACAGUCCCAAGACUGGAUGAUUCUUGAGUUCUCCCAACUUGGAUUUAUUGGAAAACUGUUCAAAUCAAAAGAGUUGCCACUCAUAGUGGAGUUUUUUCUCAUGUUCUAUAAAGAUAAGCCCAUAGACUGGCUUAUAGACCACCUGCUCUGGGUUAAAGUGUGCAAUCCAGAAAAGGAUGCAAAAGACUGUGAAAAGGAGAAGGCAAAGUUACGGAUCCGUGCUAAGCCAUCUCUCUUUCAGCACAUGGGGAUUCAUUCCUCCUUGCCUGGGAAGAUACAGAACUUGAAAGACAAAGAUUUUGGUGUAAAUGUGCUACAUAAAGCCCAUAAUAAUCCCCCUGCAGAAGUGGAUACAAGCCUAAAAAUAUACCAACAAUAUACCUUGGAAAAAGUUUAUCAGGGAAAAGACUGUUUCUGGGCUUCAGCUCCAGUGGCAGGAGACUAUAUCCGCUUCACCUUCUUACACCCAGUAACAGUUGAGAAGUACAUCUUCAGAAGUGGAAAUAUGGAGCACCCUGGUGAUAAGCUGUUUAACACUACUGUGGAAGUGCUGCCAGCAGAUGAAAUGCUAAGGAAAGAACUGGUUGACAAUGGAAGUAAAUUUAACUACCAGGCAACUAAAGAUGGAUAUUUAAAAAUAGGAGCUUUUGCAGAUGGAAUUGCAGCAGGCAGAGUACAUCAGUCCAUAGGGAAAAUUGGAGCUAUUCGCUUAUCAAUCCACUCUGAUUCUCCUGUGUGGGCAAUACUUAGUGAGGUACUUAUCAAGACAUCUGAAAACUGAAAAGAAAAAAAAAGAAUAAUGCAUUGUGGACAAUACAUGUGGAAUAAUACACUGUAACAAGCCACAGGUUGUUUGAAAACUUAGCUCAAGCUAACAGCAACAAAAAAAAAACACCAUCUGGCUGG